GUUUCUGUUUUUUCCCAGUGAAAUCUUACCAAAUGCGGGGCUAAUUGAACUGGCAAGGGUCUAUCCUUCAAUCCUCACUCUGUUUCUGAGAAUUCAAUGCCAAGCGAUUCCAUACAUAUGUAUUCCGUUCAGUUUGAAUAUUCCGGCUAUUCUUUUCACUAAAUUCAAACCAAAUUAAACAAUGUAAAGAUGAGGAUACACAGAUCGUUGAUAAACAAUUACUCCUGCUGUGGUCAUGUGCUGCAGCGAUUGAUGCGAAAGUCCAGGCGGAUCUUCUCGAGAAAUAAUCUAAGUGCUCCUCUUCAGGUGCGGAAUAGUUUUCAUGGUUCUCGAAAGGAUGUAACUCAGGUUGAAGCCAAUUCGGAUAGUAAGCUAUCAGACAAAAAGCUGGACAUUGAGCUGGAUUUUUUCGUGGCCAAGGACGAGGACCGUCUGAUAUCUUUGCCCUCGUUGAUUUACUUCUACAGUCCACUUAGUCGUCUGCUCACCAAGCUGUCUCUGCUCCGGCUGAAGCUCCUGUGGGAUUGGGAUUUCUCAGAGCGCAACUUCAUAGAGAAUUCACGCCAGGCAGCUGCCGUUUUCACCGAUUUCGUAAGGCGUCGCCGGAACAGCAAUGUGGAGCGAUGCAGUACGCCCAUGGGAUACAAGCAAAUCAAGCACGAUCUGCUGGACGAGCCACCUGACUGGAGGCUCGACAUGAUGCGAUUCGAGAAGAUCCACUUCCGGCGGGCCAUUCCGCUGAAGGUGCAACUGCUGCGGCACUACGACCAUCAAUUUGCUUUUCUCGAUGUGAUUUUUGUGGCCCUGCGGCGAUCCAAUGAUUUCCGAUCCCCCGACGAACUUCGCGAGAUGAGCAAGCUUCUGAGUAAAUAUGUGGAUCCCACGCAAUUGAAGGUUUCACAUCCGCUGAUCUUCGCCGAGGUUUUCAUGCGCUUCCGACGAGAUUAUUCAGUGGGGGCCACGAAAAUGGGAAAUGUGCGGAACAACAAUCGCUGCAUGGGCCAGUGGUUGAUUUCCACAUACAAAGUGGUGCGAUUCGACAUCCUCAACGAUCAUCCGCUGUACGAAAUUCCCCAGUUCGAGGAGUGGAUGCCACCAGUAAUGCCUCGCGUGGGUCGCACCGUUGAAUAAAAUGUGUUUCGCACUCAAGUCAUUUUAUUUACUCAUUUACUUCGAGAAAAAAAAUAGAUUUUUUUAAAUUUAAAGUUCUUAAAAAUUUGUCUGAUGAAAAGAAUUGUGUACCAGUUUAGAAAAUUAGAAGUUAAGAUAAGAAAUCUCUGAAUUUUAAUAUUAUGUUUUUUUGAAAAAUCCCAAUUAAAUGUUAUACAAUCCUAA